ACACACACACACACACACACGCACGCACGAGAAGAUGGAGCACUCUGUGGUGCUGCAGGUGAUGAACACGGGCUCAAACGAGCUCAUACCGUACCGCAUCGACUACGAGGGCUUUGUGUCGUCGCUGAAACGCGGCGGGUACUGGAAGCCAUAUGCGUUUGUGCUGGAUGGCGGCGGAGGCGUUGUGGUGGACCUGACGGCGGAAACAUGGCCCACGUUCUCUGCACAGCACGUUGCAUCGCAAGGUGCACGCCUUAUGGUGCUGAAGCCGCACCCGAAGAAGAAGUUCUCGUCCUCGGAAGGCAACGCGCUGGACAUCAGCGACGCCGUCAUCGACUUUGUCAGCACAGCAACGACCGAGAGCGAGCGAUCGCUGCGCAUGCAGCGUGCGCUUGAAGUGGGGUGCAUGACACCACCUCUGCUGUCCCUCAAAGCGCCGCCCAUGGUGAUCAACGGCAGGUUUGGCGUGACCAUGCUGCAGACGCCACCGCCGCUACCCGCCAACCCCACCAACGAGCAGAAAGAGGAGCGGCAGCAGGAGCAACAGGAGAGACAGCAGCGACUGCUGCAAGUGCUUGUUGGCGGCGAGCUUGCUGCAAUUCAGGUGCAGGCUGUGGUGGAGGAGGCAUUCGCAUGCGAGCAUCUUCGCAAGACGCUGCUGAUGAUUCGCAACCGCGUGGCCGUUAUCCCGCUCUCCACCUUCCCGUUUUGGCAAGUGGCCAUGGCACGCGAGGCGCACGUGCGCCUGCCGCUGCAGCUCGCCUACACGGGUGCACAUGCUGUUGCCGUGCGCAUUGCGUGUGUUCAACGUCUGGGCGCUGUUGCCGCCAUUCUUUACAACGACCUCGACCUCUCCUCGUCGUGCUUCUUUGCCACGCUCACGCAGUCGCUGGCACACUGUCCGCUGUACACGGAGAUUGCGAUUCCUGUGGGCGUGUGCCCGCGCAACCUCUCUGCGCUCUUUCCCAUGACGACGGGCGCUGGGUAUAUGUUCACCACGCUCACAUUCUCACUUGACAACACGCCGACACCGCCACCGCCACAGAAGCAGCGGCAACAACAACAACAGAAGCAACAACAGCAGAAGCAACAACAGCAGAAGCAACGGCAGGGCCAACACAGAGAGGGUGCUGUGCAAGCGGAACAGCAGCAACAGCAACAGCAAGUGGAACAGCAGGGGCAACAACAAGCAGGGCAACAGGGGCGACAACACGAGGAACAGCAACAAGGUCAGCAGCAACAGCAAGAGCAGGAUCAGCAACAGUAUGCGGGCUCAUCAUCGCGUGUGCCGACUGCUGCCACUUCUUCUGCUGCCGGUGAUGUUGCAAACGGCAACAACAACAACAACAACAACAACAACAACAACAACAACAACAACAACAACAGCAACAACAACAACAACAACAACAACAUGACCAUUUCUGACACCAGUACCAAUGCCAGUGGCAGUGGCAAUGGCAGUGCACCACCACCACCACCAUCGUCGUCAUCGUCAUCAACAUGCCACCGCCACGACGACCACACAGGUGGACAACAGGAACAACAUCAACAACAGCAGCAUGAACAACAACAGCAACAACAACAACAACAACAACAACAACAACAACAACAACAACAACAACAACAACAACAACAGCACCAGCCGCAAGGUGAGGGUGAGAAGGAAAUGAUGACACACCAUCCAUAUGCGUCAUCAACAACACCAGCAGUGACGUCAGCAGCAGCAACAACGACGACGGCAACAGCACUGCCAACAGCCACCAUCGCAGCAGCAACAUCUGGUGCACCCCCUUCCAGCCUCCCCACGAGCAUGAACCUGUGUGCGAACACCAGCACCAGCAGCGAGCCGCUGUCACCGCUUGUGUCGUUGCCUCAAACCACACACCACCAUCACCACCAGCAUCACCAACACCAACACCACUAUCCACAGCAAACGCAGCAGCAGUUGCAACACGCGCAGCACCAGCAGCCAUACCACCACCACGGGACAACGGGCGGGACACUGCCGUCGUCGUCGUUGUCAUCGUCGUCAUCAUCGCAUGUGCAUGCGCCCACAUCAUCAUCAUCAUCAUCAUCAUCAUCAUCAUCAUCAUCAUCGACAACGGCAGCGGCACCAGCAGUGCCACCACCGCCACCAACAACAUCGACGCCAUCACUUUCGCGUCAUGACGACGUGCAUGCACAGCCGCUGAUUGCAUCUGUGCCCCGUGCUGCGGCAGCAGUGGGAGCAGUGGGCGCAAUGGUGCCGGCCGCACAUGGUGGCGAGGGAACACAGGCGCCCCACCCGCCAUCCGCAUCAACAGCAACAGCAUCGUCAACACCAAGCACGCCAGCUACAGCUACAGCAACACCAGCAGCUACAGCAGCAGAGACGCAACCUCUUGUGACAUCAGUGGCGUUAUCGUCGACAUCAACAGGUGCCAGCGUGGCUCCGGCCUCUGCUGAGGCGCACAGCCCAACCAGUGAUAGCGCUACUGCUGGCACACACCCAACCAUGCAACAGCAGCAGCAGCAGCAACAACAACAACAACAACAACAACAACAACAACAACAACAACAACAACAACAACAACAACAACAACAACAACAACAGCAACAACAACAACAACGUUCGUCAGCGAAGCGAACGGCAUCCGAGGCGGGAGCGUCGAGCCGUGAUCAUGAUCAUGACGAUGACGAUGACAAUAACGACAAUGACGAUGGCGGUGACGUGCAUGCGCGCAAGGUGCGACCAACAGACACAUCCCCUCAGACACCAAGACUCGCAACACCGACGAGCGCCAGGCCAGGUGCAACAGCAGCGCCGGCAGUGUCAUCACCAUCAGAAGAAGCAUCAUCAUCAUCGACAGAAGCAACAGCCACAACAGCACCGCCAACCAGCGCAGCAUCUGCCACGCCCACAACCCCACAUGCCACUCAGCCCACGUCGUCAUCGACGCCAGCAACAGCAGCAGCAACAGCAACACCAUCAACACCAUCAUCGUCAUCAUCCUUGGCAUCGGGGAAGAAGUCAAAGGGGCGACCGCGGUGGGAUGCGUCGACGCUGCGGCAGCACCUGACCGCCCUCGGCUUCACCGUGCACUCGGUCACAUACCAGCGGCGAUCGGGCAGGAACAGGCCCCUCAUCAUGGCGACGUGCAAUGGGUGCCACGUUGGGAUGCGCUUCCUUGACGUGCACCGGGCGCAGAAACACAUCGAAACGUGCAUGAGCAAGCUCACGGCAGGGUCCGUGUUUGCAACACCUCACACAUCGACCGCCCCAUCCACCGCAACCACUCCCCUCAGACACCAGCAUCACCAGCAUCAGCAUCAUCAGCGCCAGCAUCAUCAGCAGCACCAGCAGCAGCAGGCACACGGAGCUGUUGUUGACCGAGACCGCGGUGUGCUUCACACGCACCAUCAUCACCAUCACCAUCAUCACCAUGAGCAGCAGCAGCAGCAGCAGCAGCAGCAGCAGCAGCAGCAGCAGCAGCAGCCUGCGACUUUGUUUGUGCCAGCAACAGCACCCAUGGCGGUGGGCCACACGGGCGCACCUGACGCUGCCAUGCCAUCAACCACGCUGCCUGCUUCCAGCGGCGGUGUUGGUGGUGCUCUUGGUGGUUCGCAUGGGUUGCACCCGGGUGUUGCGCCCGCCACACCUGCUGGGCAGCACGGCGGCAAUUACGCAACCACAGGCGGCACCAAUGGCCACGGCGUGGGGUUUGGUGGUCGCCUUGACGCAAGCAGCUUCACCCCGACAGAGCUACCUCCGUUUGCGCUCAAGCUGACAUCGCUGACCCGAGCGCCACACCUAACUGAAGCGUGGACUUUUGCACAGGUGGUGGCGUUUGUUGACGCGCUCUUCUCCGCGCACGCGCCCGUGACGGCCGAUGCCAUUGUGGCGUAUGUCAACGCAUAUCCCCAUCACAGCGUCGUCAGCACCAGCACCAGCAAUACCAGCAACAGCAGCGGUGGCAAUGUUGGGACAACAGCAACCAUGCCGGUUGGCUAGCGCGCACGCACCCUGUGUGUGCGUGCGUGUUUGUGUUUGUUUGUGUGUGCCUCUUGUUCGCUGUCUCUUCAUCAUCCCAGCCACCUGCACACCUCACGCACCUCACGCACCUCACCCACUCAUUGUCACCUCGCACACCUCGCAUCAAAACUGUUGGCGGGAGAGUGAGCGCGUCAUCGUUCGUCAUCAUUGCGCAAUUGUUUCCUCCACACGUCCAAAUCUUUUAAAACAUUCGCAAAUGUUCUUCACCCGCC